CAAGAAGCAUGCCAAUGAAAAAAAAACUGAAUACCCGCGCGACCGUUCUAGAAUCCGUGAGACGAACAAUUAUCCAUUCUUAAUAGGUGAAAACUAAGGAUCAAACAACAUCAAACUGGCGACGAUUCGAUAGAAUAUCAAAUGUUAUUUUGUAUAGGAAGAUUAUUGUUUUAACUAUGGACCCUGUCUCAGGAACAUUGUCAGCCAUUGCUUUUACAACAAUUGUAACAGAAACAACCACCGUAGAUAUUCAAAUAUGGUUAAUCGUAAUAGGUUUUAUACUUUCAUUCACCCUUGCUGUUGGCCUUGGUGCUAAUGAUGUUGCUAAUUCAUUUGCUACGACUGUAGGUGCUAAAGUACUUACCUUUUUUCAAGUGUGCAUCCUUGCAGCAAUUUUUGAAACUGCUGGGGCUGUCUUACUCGGAUCUAAAGUUUCAGAUACAAUCAGGAAGGGUAUAUUUGAUGUCACCCUAUACGAAGGACAGGAAGAUCUGCUUGCCAUUGGUCAGAUAGCUGCUCUUAGUGGUGCAUUUGUCUGGUUAUCAAUUGCCACUUGGUUAAGUCUACCUGUGUCUGGAACUCAUAGCAUUGUAGGAGCAAUGCUAGGUUUUCACCUUGUUGCUAAAGGCACUUACGGAAUCAACUGGAAAAAGUUUGGACUUAUUGUCUCAUCUUGGUUCACGUCUCCAUUUCUCUCAGGAAUUGUUUCAGCAAUAAUAUAUUCCCUCUACCGACAUUUUGUCCUCAAAAAGGUAAAUCCUUUGGAACCAGGCCUUAGAGUCCUUCCUGUUUGUUAUGGAACAAUAUUCCUUGUCAACAUCUUCUCCAUCACAUUUGGACCAAGUAUAAUUGGACUGAGCAUGUUGCCACAUUGGGUACCAGUUGUUGUAAGUCUCGGAGUCAGUCUGGUUAUUGCUUUAGUUGUAUGGGUUGCUGCUGUUCCCCGUCUAAGAAAAAAGUAUAUGCGUGAACUUGUUACUGAAUCUCAAAAUGUAGAAGUGGUUAUGGAGGAAAAGAUAAGGCUUUCAGAAGAAAUAGUUACAAAACAGCCCCCUGAAGUAGAAUGUAGGAACGGUUCAAAAGAUGGCAAAGAUGUUGAAGUUGAAAAUGGACAGAUCGCCAUACCAGAAGAACCUCUAAAUGCAAAUGGUUUACAGACCUUGCAAGUGAAAACCAAUUCAGAAAGAUGUAGCCUGUAUCAGAGAUUAUAUACGAUACUUCAUCCUGCAAAGAAGAAGGCUCUCCCAGAAUGGCUAGCCAUCCAAGACAAGCCGGUCAUCAAAAAACUCUGUGGCCCUCUCCAAAUAUUGUCUGCUACAUUUGCAAGCUUUGCUCAUGGUGGUAAUGAUGUAAGCAAUGCUGUUUCCCCUUUUGUUGCAUUGUGGCUGCUCCACAAAACAGGAGAGGUAUCCGGUACUACAAGCACACCCUUUUGGAUUCUGUUUUAUGGGGGCUGUGGAAUCAGUGUUGGAUUAUGGUUAUUUGGUAGACGAGUCCUUGAAACGAUGGGUGAAAACCUCAUGCCCAUGACAUCCUCCAGUGGGUUCACAAUUGAACUUGGAGCUGCUAUGACUGUUCUCACAGCUUCUAAUCUCGGAAUCCCAGUAUCAACCACACAUUGCAAAGUAGGAUCCAUUAUUGCCAUAGGUUUGGUCCAAUCUAGAAAACAAGUGGAUUGGAAUCUUUUUCGUAAUAUAAUUUUUGCUUGGAUUGUGACACUGCCAGUAACAGCAUCUGUUAGUGCCUUUAUUAUGUACUUAUUACAAUUUACAUUGUAAAACUGAUUAUAUUGCAGCUUUAUUGUUUCUCUAAAGCUAAGCUUAUGUCGCCCUUGCUGCUCCACUCACCUCAACUGAGCUUUGGCGACUUUCCCUAAACUGGCAAGCAACUGUGAGCAACUGCAAGUUGCACAAUUUCAGGACAUGUGAGCGCUCCGAACGCCAGUCGCUUUCAGUUGCCCAUGUUUUAUUUUUCUAGUAUGCAAAGCAACAAACAAGCAAAUGAAUGGUCAACUACUCUAUUAACUGUGUGCGUGCCUUGUGCGCUAAAAUUGUACCAAAUUUUGCUAGCGUAAUUGUAAUUAGCAGUCGGAAGCGACACAAGCAGUCUGGGCAGUUAGUUCUACUUAGUUGCUUAAAGGUCAACUCAGACAGCGUCGUACGACGCAGCUCGACGCGAUUCAUCGUCGGGGACAGUCUUAAGCCGUAAUAUUAAACAUGUUUAAUAUUCAAUGACGCGACUGCCCCCGACGCAAACCAUCGUGUCUGCGUUUAACUCAAGCAGACCCGACGCAAAAACAAAUCGCGUCGAGCUGCAUCGUACAACGCUGUCUGAGUUGUCCUUUAGCAGUUGCUUGUAACUGCAAUUGUGAGUGGAAGUCGACAUUAGCGCUUCUGGCAAAUAGUUGAUGUCAGUUGAUGUGAGUUACGGCGAGUCGCAUGAGCGAAAUAAGCUUAGCUUAACUAUUUUAAUUUACAUGAUAAUUGAAAACCAUUAUAAAAUUGUUUGCGAAUGAGGUUGACACAGGCCUCAGCAAUUUUAAUGAAUGCUGUAUAUGAGGAAAAAUCUGUGAAGGUACAACAUUUAAUUAAGUUUUCUUCUUUCUUUUUAGUUGAACUUGCCUAAGUCGAAUCCAAAUUCUCAUUUAAAAAUUGUUUGACUUUGAUAAAAUCGACUUACAGAUUGUUAAUUAAUGGAAACACAACAAUCUGGCGUGUAAAAUAUGUUCAACUAUGAAAUUAUUCGAGUUAGGCAAAGACGACUUA